CUGCGUUUGCCGUUAGUGAAUAUUGUGCAAUCUGCUCGUUGUCAAAGAUGGUGAAGCUGGAUAUUCACACGCUGGCUCAUCACCUCAAGCAAGAACGACUCUAUGUAAACUCAGAAAAGCAACUUAUUCAAAGGCUCAAUGCAGAUGUACUGAAGACAGCUGAAAAGCUCUACCGCACAGCAUGGAUUUCCAAGCAGCAAAGGAUUAACUUGGACAGGCUUAUCAUAACCAGUGCUGAAGCUUCUCCAGCUGAAUGCUGCCAGCACGCUAAGAUCUUGGAAGAUACCCAGUUUGUGGAUGGAUAUAAGCAGUUGGGAUUUCAGGAAACUGCUUAUGGAGAAUUCCUAAACAGGUUGAGAGAAAACCCUAGGCUUAUUGCAUCCUGUCUGGUCGCUGGAGAGAAGCUGAACCAGGACAACACUCAGAGUGUCAUUCACACAGUCUUUACCUCCAUCUAUGGCAAUUGCAUCAUGCAGGAAGAUGAGAGCUACCUCCUACAGGUGCUUCGUUACCUGAUCGAAUUUGAACUCAAGGAGAGUGACAACCCCAGGCGGCUGCUGCGACGAGGCACCUGUGCAUUCAGCAUCUUAUUCAAGCUUUUCUCUGAAGGACUCUUUUCUGCGAAACUCUUUCUUACUGCAACUUUACAUGAGCCAAUCAUGCAGCUUCUGGUUGAAGAUGAAGACCACCUGGAAACUGAUCCAAACAAAUUAAUUGAGAGAUUCUCUCCAGUACAACAAGAGAAGUUAUUUGGAGAGAAAGGCACAGAAAAGUUCAAGCAAAGAGUGCAAGAGAUGGUAGACUCCAACGAGGCAAAGCUGGUGACCUUGGUGAACAAAUUCAUUGGUUAUCUCAAACAAAAUACAUACUGUUUUCCACACAGCUUGAGAUGGAUUGUGUCACAGAUGUACAAAACCCUCUCAUGUGUAGACAGACUGGAAGUUGGGGAGGUCAGAGCAAUGUGCACAGAUCUUCUUCUAGCAUGUUUCAUCUGUCCUGCUAUUGUUAACCCUGAACAGUAUGGGAUUAUUUCUGAUGCUCCUAUAAACGAGGUGGCAAGAUUUAAUCUGAUGCAGGUUGGGAGACUUUUGCAGCAAUUAGCAAUGACAGGCUCUGAAGAGGGAGAUCCACGUAUGAAGAACAACCUUGCUAAAUUUGACAAAAGCUGUGUUGCUGCUUUCUUGGAUGUAGUUAUUGAUGGACGUGCAGUUGAAACUCCUCCACUGUCCUCAGUUAACCUUCUGGAGGGGUUGAGUAGAACAGUGGUUUACAUGACAUACAGCCAGCUAACUACUCUGGUGGGCUUUAUGCGGAAUGUAAUGUCAAGUGACCAACUCAAGGAAGAUCGGAUGGCUCUGGAAAACCUGUUGGCAAGCUUACCACAGAAUAAACCAGGGAAAAGCAGCAGCCUUGAAAUGACUCCUUAUAAUACCCCACAGCUCUCUCCUGCAACCACUCCAGCCAACAAAAAAAAUCGGUUACCUAUAGGACAGCAAUUGGCAGCCAUUACUGCCUGGGAUACUUCAGCUACCAAUCUUUCAGCUCAUAUAACUCUAGUAACCCCUUUUGCAACUCGUAGCAGAAGUAGAUCAAAUAUUCAAAUGGAUCAGCAUGGAGACCAUGAAGGAUCCUCCCAGGAGACUAUCCCAGAAGUUCAGCCGGAAGAAGUGCUUGUGAUUUCUUUGGGGACAGGCCCACAGAUUACUCCAGGAAUGAUGUCAGAAAAUGAGGUCUUAAAUAUGCAGCUUACAGAAGGCGGACAAGGAGAUGUCCCUGUUGAUGAAAACAAACUCCAUGGUAAACCUGAUAAAACCUUGCGCUUUUCCCUCUGCAGUGAUAAUCUGGAAGGAAUAUCUGAAGGUCCUUCAAAUCGCUCCAAUUCUGUAUCAUCUUUGGAUUUAGAAGGGGAGUCUGUAUCGGAGCUUGGUGCAGGCCCUUCUGGGAGCAAUGGUGUUGAAGCUCUGCAGCUGUUGGAACAUGAGCAAGCCACAACUCAGGAUAACCUUGAUGACAAGCUUCGCAAAUUUGAAAUCCGCGAUAUGAUGGGGUUGACCGAUGACAGAGAUAUAUCGGAAACAGUGAGCGAAACAUGGAGUACCGAUGUCUUGGGUAGUGACUUUGAUCCAAAUAUUGAUGAAGAUCGUUUGCAAGAAAUUGCAGGUGCAGCUGCAGAGAACAUGUUAGGCAGCUUGCUGUGUUUACCAGGUUCAGGAUCUGUGCUGCUCGAUCCCUGCACAGGUUCAACAAUAUCAGAAACAACAAGUGAAGCUUGGAGUGUGGAAGUAUUACCAAGUGAUUCAGAGGCCCCAGACCUAAAGCAAGAGGAAAGGCUGCAGGAGCUGGAGAGCUGUUCUGGGCUGGGGAGCACGUCUGAUGACACAGACGUAAGGGAGGUCAGCUCUCGCCCCAGUACGCCGGGCCUCAGUGUUGUGUCAGGUAUUAGUGCAACAUCUGAAGACAUUCCUAAUAAGAUUGAGGAUCUCAGGUCUGAAUGUAGUUCUGACUUUGGGGGAAAAGAUUCUGUAACAAGUCCUGAUAUGGAUGAAACAGCCCAUGGAGCCAGUCAGUUGACAUCUCCCCCUUCUCAGACAGACUCUUUGCUUGCAUUGUUUGACCCUUUGUCAUCCCACGAGGGAGUAUCAGCUGUGGUGAGACCUAAAGUACACUAUGCAAGACCAUCUCACCCACCACCAGAUCCACCAAUCUUGGAAGGAGCUAUGGGAGGUAAUGAGGCCCGAUUACCAAACUUUGGGUCUCAUUCUUUAAUUCCAACUGAUUUAGAAGCCUUCAAGCAGAGGCAUUCUUACCCAGAAAGACUAGUUCGCAGUAGGAGCUCRGAUAUAGUGUCAUCAGUUCGGAGACCCAUGAGUGAUCCUGGGUGGAACAGACGUCCCGGUAAUGAGGAGCGGGAUCUUCCUAUGCCAACAACCAACACCGGGGCAGCUGUUCUGGUUGCUGCAUCUCAGUCAUCAUCUUCAUCUCCCAGUAAGGACUCCUCUAGAGGAGAGAUAGAAGAACGAAAAGACAGUGAUGAUGAGAAGUCUGACAGAAACAAGCCAUGGUGGCGGAAACGCUUUGUAUCUGCCAUGCCCAAAGCUCCUAUUCCAUUUAGAAAAAAAGAAAAACAAGAAAAAGACAAAGAUGACAUGGUGCCCGAUAGAUAUGCAACACUUCAAGAUGAUCCCAGUCCAAGGCUCAGUGCUCAGGCACAGGCUGCAGAGGACAUUCUGGACAAAUACAGGAAUGCAAUUAAGCGAACCAGUCCUAGUGAAGGAGCUAUAGUAAACUACGAGAGUGGAGAGGCUAUUGGGGAUGGUGAGAGCAUGCACGACUCUCCCCGUGAUGAGGCUUUGCAAAACAUGUCUGCGGAUGAUCUCCCAGACUCUGCAAGUCAAGUAGCACAUCCACAAAGUUCUGCUUUCUCCUAUAGGGAUGCAAAGAAGAAAUUGAGAUUGGCUCUUUGUUCUGCAGAUUCUGUUGCCUUCCCUAUGCUGACCCAUUCAACAAGGAAUGGUCUACCAGAUCACACAGACCCUGAAGAUAAUGAAAUUGUGUGCUUUUUGAAAGUUCAACUAGCUGAAGCUAUUAACCUCCAAGAUAAGAAUUUGAUGGCCCAGCUGCAAGAGACAAUGCGAUGCGUAAGCCGCUUUGAUAACAGAACCUGUCGAAAGCUGCUGGCAUCUAUUGCAGAGGAUUACAGGAAAAGAGCUCCCUAUAUUGCUUAUUUAACUCGGUGCCGCCAAGGCCUGCAGACAACACAAGCGCACUUGGAAAGGCUGCUGCAAAGAGUUCUGCGAGAUAAAGAAGUGGCGAAUAGAUACUUCACUACAGUGUGUGUGAGGUUACUGCUAGAAAGCAAAGAAAAGAAAAUAAGGGAGUUUAUUCAAGAUUUCCAGAAACUCACAGCAGCAGAUGAUAAAACAGCCCAAGUUGAAGAUUUUCUCCAGUUCUUAUAUGGGGCUAUGGCUCAGGAUGCCAUAUGGCAGAAUGCCAGUGAAGAACAGCUUCAGGAUGCACAAUUAGCUAUAGAACGCAGUGUGAUGAAUCGUAUCUUCAAACUUGCAUUCUACCCUAAUCAGGAUGGAGAUAUUUUGCGUGACCAGGUCCUUCAUGAGCACAUACAGAGGUUAUCUAAAGUCGUGACAGCAAACCACAAAGCACUUCAGAUACCUGAGGUGUAUCUCCGGGAAGCCCCAUGGCCAUCUGCACAGUCUGAAAUCCGCACAAUAAGCGCUUACAAAACCCCCCGAGACAAAGUACAGUGUAUUCUGAGAAUGUGCUCAACCAUCAUGAACUUGCUUAGUCUGGCAAAUGAAGAUUCAGUACCUGGGGCAGACGAUUUUGUUCCYGUUCUGGUCUUUGUCCUCAUUAAGGCCAAUCCACCUUGCUUGCUGUCCACUGUUCAGUACAUAAGUAGUUUCUAUGCUAACUGUUUAUCUGGAGAAGAAUCAUACUGGUGGAUGCAGUUCACAGCAGCAGUUGAAUUCAUUAAAACUAUUGAUGAUCGCAAGUAACUGAAAAUAGUACGUAUAUGGGCAGACUGUUAGCAGAAGAAGCAUCUGUAAGAAUGUACAACAGCUGCAAAAGCUGAAGACUUUAGUUGUAUAAUAUUGUACAGAACUGAGACAUUUUAAAAACCCACCUUUACUAACCAAAUUAAUUUAACAAUUUUUUCCUCUUCUCUUUUGGUUGCAUUUUUUUUUUCCCCUGUGGAUACUGGCACUGCAGAAGGGACCACAAAUUUCAGGUAUUUUUGAAUCUCAAAACGUUUUAAAAAAAAAAAAGUCUUCACAGUUUCCCCACCACCUUUCUUGAAUUCUUACUCACAUGAUUAAUUCACUUUAUUUUUAGUCGAAAACUGAACAAAGCAAAAAUCAGGGCAACCACUUAGUAUACUUUUUACCUUAAGACACCUUUUAUUAAUAAAACACCAGCCACACUGAAAGUUUGUAGUAGCUGACAUCAGUUAUCAAUUGUAUUUCACUUUAAAUUUAAAGUCUGAGAGGACAAUGUAAAUAUUAUAUAAGUAUAUUUAAUGCAAUUAUCUUUGGACUUACUAUCCUUUGAAUAAAUAAGCAAAAGCCUCUCUGACCUCUAACAGAUUGUGACAUAAUAUGUUUUGGUAAAUGGAAGGACUUCUUCAAAAGGCUAAGAUUAAAAAGGGCAAAGCGAACUAUUUAUUAAAAUGUAAUUAAGAUUACUGAAAUUUCUGAAACUGGAAUUUAUAAUAGACAGGGCUCAUUAGAUAGCUAAACUCUUUUUGGCUAGGGCAUUAGGGUGUUAUAAAGGUUUGGAUUUAUAGAGGAGAGGGACUGUAAGUUACAAUAGAUAAGUCUAAUAUUAAAUACUUUACUGUAAUAUUUUUUCUGAAAUAUUGUGUAUACUGUACAAACCCCAAACAGAGAUCCUUAACAGAACCUUGGACUGUAAUAUAUAUUUUGAUUAGUGACAUUAAAUACAUAUGCCAGGGGUUUCAGUGAAUGUUUUUACUAAAUGUUCUCUGUGUUGUCUGCUAUGCAGCGGUGCAAAUUUUAUUGUUCAUAUAAAAUAUUUUAAAAUAUAACACUGUUCUUUAUGAAACAUAUCAUGACAUUAGUUCAGGGUGUUUUAUAGAUUUCUCACUCCACCUUUCCCUUAAACUGACAAUUCUGAAUUUGAAGAAGUUUUUAUGCACAACACUAUGGGUUUUUCAUGAAUGAAAGUCUGAGUGAUGACCAGUGGUUGUCACCUGUAUAUAAGCAGUUGCUGCCCUUUCUUGCCUAGAGCCACAGCGAGAAAGCGCAGCAAGCAUUUAUUUUUCUUUCCUGUCAGUAUUAUUCCUUGCUCUUCCCAGAGUGUUUAGUGCACUUCUGUGGGAGCGGUGUGUAGACUUCGUGCCUGUGAGUGGUAAAGGAAGCAAAAUCUUUAAGGAGAACAGGUUCUUUCUCUCACAUUCUUUUCAAAAAGGAUUUGUGUGUGUGCAUGUGUACGUGCAUUUGAUGAUUACAACCCACAAGUGACUGACACUUAGGAAAAUCAUUUGGUUAACUGAAACUAGAACAACUUAGGUAAAGCAUCAAGUGCUUAGAGUUUGCCUGUGCUACUUGUCUAUGAGUAGUUAAAGAAAUUUAAUUUCUAGAAUUCUAAUAUUAUUCAAUAUAUCAUUUCUGCCAAGGUAAUCACAGGUAAGAGGGUGGGAUGGUAACUUUUUUAUUUAUAGUCUUUCUCCUCUAUUAGAGAUUUGACUGUGCAGAAGAGCAAUAC